AUGGUCCCGAAGAUAAACAUCGAUAUCAAGGCCGAUAAUAUCAUGUUUAGCAUCGCUGAUGAUUCCGUUUUCGAUGACUUUAUGGAGAAGGAACUGCAGACGCCUUGCCCGAGAAAAGAGGUCGAUGGAAGAAUAAUAUACACCUCCCGGGGGCUCAAACUGCCCAAGGAAUUGAAUGCUCCGGUCUUAUGCGACCUUGGCUCAGCUGUGCCUGGUGAUAUCGAACAGUCAAAAGAUAUCCAACCCGAUAUCUACCGAGCGCCGGAGGUCAUUCUAGGGGUUCAUGGACGUGACUUCUCCGCUCAAGAUCUAGUAAAAGAUCAGAUUUUACUUGAACAGAGGGAGACUACUCUUCAAGGACUGGACAAGGCUAGCUUCCUAUCCUUGAUGCAGAAGAUGCUGCAGUGGGAGCCGGCUAAGCGUGGCUCCGCGAAGGAACUGGCAGAGCAUGAGUGGAUUCGUAAGAGUAUGGGGGAUUAA